AUGUGGGCACGCACGUGCACAUGUGGACGUGUCGGACGGACCUUAGCAACCAACGAUGGCUUUUCCAAGACAUCGACGGCGGUACAACGAGCACAACCACAACGGAGGAAUGGUCAAGAGACAGAGGGCCGACACCGAUGUCUCGAAAAGCUGCGGAGUUUCGAGGAAGCAGACAGCUUUGUACAUGCCAUAGGCAGAUGCGAAAUCUGGCAAUGCAUCACUCGCGCGCGGCUCAAGAUGUCAGCGGGGCCUGGAGGAGGUCUGUCCGAGUCCCCCGAAAGCAUCGCACUGGUGGACUGGAAACAGCGUUACGUCACGGCAGAGGAGAGAGGCGAAAUGGGGGCCACGGAGGGGUCCUUUGUCCCCGAAGCGCUCUUCUAUUUGACCGAAGUGAAGCCCGGGCGGUACACACUAAAAGCCGCGUCCAAUGGACUCUACGUCAAGGCAAUUCCUGGAGGGCGAGUGGUGGCGGAGACGCAGAAGUGGGACGACUGGGAGCUCUUUGAAAUGGAAACCAAAGAUGACAAGGUUGCGUUUCGCAGUUUUCACCACAAUUACCUCACCGCAGAUGCUGAUGGCAAAGUAUGGGCUGGAAGCUGGACGCGAGAAGAGCAGACAGAGUUCACUGUGGUGAACCGCUCGUUGGCGGCGUGGGAAGAGAAAUAUGGAGCGCAGCUCACCAUGCGCAAAGCCCUGCCCUCCGCCGCUUCCACCGGCCUCGUGUGCGCCUGGCCCUCGGCUGUGGCCUCGGUGCGGUGUUGUUCCGAUUCCAAGGUGAUGCUGGAGGAGAGUUAUGGAUGCUUUGAAAACAAGACCUUCGCGCAAGCCAGCGAGAUUUGCAAGCAGCAUGGCCUGACACUUUGCACUGAAGAGCUGUUGAAGUCGUGCAAGGACUGCAGCACGUGCGGCUCCAGCGGGUUGGUUUGGACAUCCACAGAGUGCUCAGAGACGGAGAGGCUGACACAACGGAGACUGAAUCAGCGAAACGAUCGCGCAGGCGUUUUCAGCGAACUUUGUCCCUACGAAUCGAAAUGGGGCGGCCUCCAUGGUGAGGAGCUGCGGUCCAGCGUCUUCGUGAAGCUGAUGGAGUGGAAUUACAACGACAUCGCCAAAGAGUGCACAGAAUAUCUGGGUCCCAAUGGCUUUGAAGCUGUGCAAGUGUCGCCCGUGACGGAGCACAUUUUGGGCUACCAGUGGUGGGUGAAGUAUCAGCCGGUCUCAGCCGGAUUGGACAGCCGAUCAGGGACGGAGGAAGAGUUGAGGGCCAUGGUGGCCACCUGUCGUAAAGCAGGUGUUCAAGUGAUCGUGGACAUCCUCAUGAACCACAUGGCGUCACCCUGCAAGAAAGCACGCGGCAAGCUGGGCGGUGAUGAGGAGCCACUGCCCUGUGUGGGUUGGGGUGGCAGCCGAUACGGCAACCGACGGCAGCAGGGAGCGCGAGGAUGGGAUGCUUCGCGCCCAGAACAUUUUCAUCACUUGCCCAAUGACACGAGAACGCCGUUCUGUAAAGUGGGCCCGCAGACAGGAUGGCUUUGCCCUGACGAUGAUUGCACUCCCUGUGACAUGUACGAGCUGCCGGACUUCAACACCGAACUUCAAGAGGUCAGGACGAUGCAGUUCAAGCACUUGGAGGAGUUGUUCCACAUUGGUGUCACCGGUUUGCGUGUGGAUGCGGCGAUUUAUCAUCAUGUCUACGAGCUAGCGGAUAUGCUGAAUCAUUUGCCCUGGGAUUUGAUCUAUCAGGAAUGGUGGGGCGAAUAUCCGCCACAGGAACGCACGGACUAUGUGGGUCUGUAUCGCGAUGUGGCCUAUCGUUGGCACUUGGUCAAUCGCCUCUCCAACAAAAAUGCCACGGAGCUCCCCGAGCGACUUGACGGACUUGGACAGUGCUUUGCUGUCGAGAUUUCUCAGAAAGCCAACCCUAAGCAAGCGGCAGAAAUCUUUGAAGCCCUUCUUCGACCACCCGAGGGUGGUCGGAUUUCUGAGCGCGACUACAGUUUCGGGAUCUCAUACUGUGCGAAAGCAUCCCUGUGGUCCUAUGCCUGCAAUCUUUUUGAGGAGAUGCCACAGUUGACUGUUCAGCCGCAGAUCUUUUCUUACAACGCUGUCAUCGGUGCCUGCCAGCGGGGUGAAGAGUGGCAACAGGGCUUGGCAUUCUUUGAAGAAAUGCCAACGGCAAGGGUGGACAAGGAGAAGGCCCUUGGACUCCUAGGAGCCAUGCCCGAGGCGAGCCUGCAGGGCAACAGCAUCACCUUCAACGCGGCGCUGAGCGCCCUGGAGAAAGGCGCAGAAUGGCAGAGGGCGCUGGCCUUGCUGACGUCCAUGGGGAUGAUGUGGAUGGAAAGGAAUGUUGUAACGUACAGUGCUGCCAUCAGUGCUUGUGAAAAGGCUGGGCAAUGGCAGGUGGCAUGGAAUUUCUUGGAGUUGAUGACCGCAUCCGAUGUGCAACCCAAUGUCAUCAGCUACAACGCAGCCAUCAGUGCAUGCACGCAGGGCAGUCAGUGGGAGCGGGCGCUAAAUCUGUUCGAGCCAAUGAGUUUAAACAGGGUUUGGCCAAACAAUGUGAGCUACAAUGCUGCGAUGAGUGCUUGUGAGAAGGGCGGUCAAUGGCAACAUGCACUGGCGUUGAUUGCCGACAUGACGAAUGUGAAGUUGUCGCCGGAGGUCUACGGAUUUAGCACAGCCAUCAGUGCCUGUGAGAAGAUGUGUCAAUGGCAACAGGCACUGAAGCUGAUGGAAGCUGCCUACAGUGCCAGGGAGUGCAAUGUGGUGACCUACAGUGCCUCCAUCAGCGCCUGCACGGGUGCGCAGUGGCAGAAGGCGUUGCAUCUCUUCGAGGAAAUGCCGCAGGUGUCGCUGCGGCGCAACGUGGUCAGCUACAACGCCAGCAUCAGUGCGUUGGAAACGCAGUGGGACCGCAGCCUACAGCUGUUUUGGUCCCUGUUGGUCAGAAGCAGCGACAUCAUGUUGCUGGAUCUCAGUGGGGGUGUCUUUGGCAUCAGCGCAGAUAUGGCGGUCUACCCCUUCGCAUACCAUGAUGGUCGUAGUCGUGACGCAGAUCCAGAGAUUGCCACCUACAAGAACGGCAAGGCCUUUCACCAGCAGCAGAAGUUCUUCUUGGCGUGGCCUGUAGGCAAUUCCGUUCUCAUCUGGGGCGGUUACGGCUGGCGCGACUUGAACCACGGCCCUCCCGGCUGCGACAAGUCCGAUGGCGAUCACUGCACCCCCAAAGCUGUGUAUGGUCCGGACGGCCAGCCGCAGUGCUCGGAGGCGCCCACGGCGUCGCCCAUGCCGCGCGACGAAGCCCGGCAGCGGCGAUGGAUCUGCGAACAUCGCUGGCAGGGCGUGGCAGGCCUGGUGCACUUUCGAAAGGUUUGUCGAGGACAUCCAGUGACAGAGACCUGGACAGGACGUGUCGCCGCCAACGACACCACGGGCGGUGACGGGGUCGGCUUGGGGCGCCUGGCCUUCCGCCUGGGCGAGCAAUGCUUCGUGGCGUUGGUGCGGGGCAAGCGGAAGGGUGAAACCGACGACCCAAAGGUGGUCGGAGUGGGUGGCACCUGGAAUUUGAAGGGCUUGCAGAUCGGUCUACCGUCAGGUUGCUACUGCGACCUGUCGUCCCUUCGGACGCAGAAAAACUGGGACGGCUCCAGUUGCCCACGGACCGUGCACGUCGACGACGACGGGAGCAUUACGAAAGGCCAUGUGGCACAGGGGGAAAUCCUGGCGAUACACAGUGGGGCCAGGCAAUUGACCCUUUCGCAAUGA